AUGAGUCCUUGCUUUGGGUGGGGAGAUCGGGCUUAUAGCCGAGCGAUGCCACAGAUCAACAGAAUUGUCGGUGAACUGCUAAAGGACUCUGACGAUGCGACUGAGACUCCCCAUGUUCAUAACCGAGGAUAUAACCGUCAUAUAAGAUGGACAUUUCUAACGACCAAUAUUGUUGUGUUCUUCAUAUCCCUCGCAAUAUUAUUACAUGCCUACACAAUUACCCACCGACCGUUGACUGCAAACGCAGUGUUCAAAGAUGUCAAUGCCUACUCGCCCAUACUAGCCCGUAUGGAGCUUCCACUACACAAAUACACGGUGGAUGGCUAUCUAUUUGACGUGACACACGACCUUCUUCGUGCGGAACCCAAUCCGGAAUCCAACGCUGAAUGGGAUCGUAUAUCACGGCUUGGGCCUAUGGUGAUGACCCGUGAGGAAGUCAUCAAGAUGAAUAAAAACCCGGAAAAGGUGGUCAAACUCCCAGAAGACUGGGGAUACGGCGACGACGCCUAUAUAUGGCAAACGGAAAUGCAGCACAACAUCCACUGCUUGAACUUCGUCCGCCAAUACGCGUAUUUCGACCAAUUUUACGGCAAAACAUAUAAACGGUUCGAGGAUACCCCCAAGCUGGACCGUAUCCACCUGUCCCACUGCCUCUAUGUCCUUGUACAAGAUCUCCGGUGCCAACCUUCGUACAAUGGACUGACGUUCAACUGGAUGGACGGCUGGAAUAUCCCUGCUACAGACUUCACGCCUGAAAGACAGUGUAUAUUCCACGAGCAGUGGCUGCAAUGGCAGAAUGAGAACAGGGUUAACUCCACCGGGAAACGGCUUCCUCGACCAACUGACCCGGGGAAAUUCAUGCAUGGACCACUGGGAAUGGAGGAGCUCUGGGAGGAUGAGCUUUAAGAGCUGACUUCAUUGUGGUUGUGUUUCUGAGUUGUAAUAGACACCUGUUCUCUCCGAUUUUUUGAGGAUUUAAUUGCAGGUGGAAAUUGACAACUUGGAGCUAAUGUAUGCUCGGGCCAAAUUGCA